UUAGGGUUUUGAGUUUUAGGGCACAUGGUGGGUUGUGCGAUUUGCUUGGCGGACGAGCGCAGCGAUCCCGCGUUCGUGGAUGGCUGCUUCCAUGGCUUCUGCUACCCCUGCAUUCUCACGUGGUCGGAGGCGAUGCUGGCCUACUCUUCCACCGGCGAAUUCCUGCGAUGCCCAAUCUGCAAGGGGGGCUAUGAUUCGCUCGUCCACGGCGUGGCCAUGGAGGACGGGGUGAGUGUCUUCUCCAGGCACUGUCUUGUGCAUCCCCAUCGGAGCACGCACAAGCUCGCGCUCACGCCGGCACAGAUGUGGCGGCGCAAGCGCUACAGCCAGGAAUUCGAGGGGGAUGUCGUCAGGGCGGCUGGGACGGGGAGGGAUUGCACCAAGUACCUGUGGGAUUGGAUCGUGAGGGAGGUCCAAGCGCUGAUGCUAGACAGAGAUGUGACGCUGGUGGCACAUCUCGUCAAGGGGGCAUUGGAGAGACUGCUGAGGACAAGUGGGAGAAAGAACCUGAGCGACAUGGCGCGAUCCCCAGCGGCAGCCAUGGAUUGCGAGAGAGUGGUAGCACCACUCUUGGAGCCUUUCCUCGAUCGAGACUCCGGGCGGUUCGUCAAGGAGAUGAUCAAGUACCUGGCGACGGGACUUCCAAUCGACGCCUAUGAUCGCCAGCUCCAGGGAAACGAAAAGGAUGCGAUGAUGGUGGAGGAGAACAGUGAUCCCGACCUCGCAACUAGUUUGCUUUACUGGACGGAUGAGAAUGAAGAGUGAAAGUUGAGUGAAAGUCUUCUGGUCAAAGACUCGAUACCUCCUUGCGUUACUCGAUACCCUGGUUGAAUUUUGACUGUUAUGUUUCCAUGAAGAGAAGAGAUCAACGCGAGAAUUUCGUA